UGGUUUUCAUUUUUAUAGGUUAUUUGUUGGGAAAGUCGAAAGAAAUAACAUUUAUCGAAAUAUUUACAGACAUGACCGACUACAGCAGUAGUCUUGUGUUAGUCCUAUCGCAUGUGUUUGUAGUUAUCAGACUUCCAUUUUGUGUCUUCAAUUUUUUGGGGCUAGUUUUCUUGAAUAACUUUGAAGCGAGACCCAAACUGCAGUUUUCUUUACAGGAGUGCCCGUUCUUGGUAUUUCGUGUCGUCACCAAGGGACUGUACCCAGAACUUGUGAAAACAAACGUCCGGCUUAAUCUUCAGACCUGCACAGAUUUUGGUCUGAAACAUUUCACUAUUCAGGUCGUCAGUGAUAUUUCUGUGAAUCUUUCAGCAGACGAUCGAUGCAGGGAAAUAACUGUCCCAGUGGGUUACAAAACAAAAAAUGGCAGUCUUUUCAAGGCACGGGCGCUGCAAUAUGCCUUGGAACCCGAGGCUGAUAUUCUUAAAUCAGGGGACUGGGUCGUCCAUUUGGACGAGGAGACGCUGCUGACAGAAGAUGCUCUAAUAGGGAUCAUUAACUUCGUCAGUUCGUCUGAACAUUCCAUAGGUCAAGGUCAUAUUACGUACGACAACGGUGAGAUUGUCAACUGGAUCACGACAUUAGCUGACUCUAGUCGGGUGGGAAUAGACUACGGCUGCCGAAGAUUUUGCAUGAGCGUUCUCCACAAACCAGUGUUUGGAUUGAAAGGAUCUUUCGUGGUCGCUGAGGCAAAUGUUGAAAAGCUUAUUGGCUUUGACUAUGGACCAGAUGGCUCUAUCGCAGAAGACUGUUAUUUCGCCUGUCUCGCAUACAGUAAGGGCAUCAGCUUCGGAUUUGUGGAAGGCACGAUGAUUGAGCAGAGCACUUUUACAAUCCAAGACUUUAUCAAACAGAGGCACAGGUGGAUGCAUGGGAUUUACCUAACAGCUUUAAGUCCCAUAAUCCCUGUAAGGUACAAAUUAGGGCCCAUUCUACUUACUUUGUCCUGUGGUUUACUCCCUUUGAACCUUUUCCUUAAUGUCUUAAAGUACAUUUGGGCAUUGCCCACAACACUGUUUCUCGACAUCUCAUCUGACUUGAUAUGGGGCACAAACGUAUUCAUGGCCCUCUUUGGCACUUUUAAAACAUUUAAUAUCCACCAUUAUAGUAUCUGGAAAUAUUUCUUUCUAAUAAUGACAUCGGGUAUUUGCUGCAAUCUAAUACGCAUUGUGCAAUAUAUGAAUUCUGUUAAAAUAUUCUGGAUGCCUAAAACCACAAUCAAUUACUUUCAUUUCCACAUUGUUGACAAGGAAAGUAAAUCAAAAGGUCUACUUAAACUAGAUUAA